AUAUAAAAGUGAAGGCUCAAUGUGCACACAUCAUUAUUAAAGUCUACAGUUUUUAACUAGUGGCUAGUCUAUAUAGAGAUCAAGAAAAUCAACACCAUGGCUGCAUCAAAAGAGAGCGAAAUUAAGGACAAAUAUGAUGAUAAAGGUCAUGAGAAGGACGAUACUGAAUGCAAAAGAAAAGAUCGUCGUUGCAAUUGCAUGAUUCUUCAGGUGGGGGCCACAGUCAUCAUUGGCAUACUAGCUGUAAUAGCUAUUGCAAUGAGCGGGUACAGCUGCAGUUUGUAUCAGAAGAACAUGGCGCAACCAAAACACGGCUCAUUGACUGAUAAGGAUUGGAUUACGGUGCGUAAAUUCAUCGCUACUGAGGUGAGUCGAGGUAUUCAGGAAGGUCUCUCACUGCCUCUGGAUGAAUUUAACAAAACUCUCGAAUCAUUUUCCAAUCGUUUGGAUGAUUUAGAAUUGCGGCAGAAUAUGACAAACGGGGAAACUCAAGUGCUACGUGCCCAAUUCAGAGAUUUUCAAGAAAGCAGUGAAAUAAUUCAAAACGAGACAAGUUUUGCAAUCUCACAGCUUUCUAUUCAGGCCAACGACAGCACAGAACAGAUUGAGCAAUUAAACGAGGUAAUGAGAGAGACAAAAAGUGAACUCAGUGAGCAGCAAAAUUUGACACAGAUACAAACUGAUAAGUUACGCCGAAAUGUUCAUCAACUAGAAGAAAGGCAACUUCAGACAGUAAUGGAUCUAGAAGAGUUAAGAGAUGAUGUUAAUGAAACGGGAGCUAGAGUAAUUGAAUUAAGUUCAGAACUAACAGCGUUGCAAAAUUCCUUGGCAAGCAAUAUUGCUGAGCAAACAGCUUCUCUAAAAACUUUAAUCAAUUCAACUGAGGUUCAAUUGAGAGCUGAUUUGGAAUUUGUCAUCACAGAAACACGAGAAAACAUUACCGCACUGAGAGAAACAGAUAUUCUAACUAAGGAACUUAUCGCGAACGAAACGAGUGAGCUACGAGACCACCUUCUCUUAAAGCUAGACAAGACACAGCAUUCUUUAAAUGCCACUGAGGAUAGGCUAGUACAGAGCAUCCAUGAGGUUAACAGUAUGCUACAGGCAUUGAGUAUUGAGCUUCAAGAGAGCAUUGUCAACUUAAACAAUCAACUCGAGAUGCACGACACACAGAAUGACCUCGCUUUGGAAACUGUUCACAAUAAUCUUACUGAACGUAUAUCAGCCACUCAAGAACGCAUAAAGCUGCUCAUUUACAACUUGAACAGCACAGAAAGAGAUCUGAAAAAUGAACUGGGGCAACUGGCCUUUUCUGCACAAGAUAAUUUCACAAAGGUGGAACAUUUGAUUGACCUUCUGAGCAACACCAGUAUUGAUUCCAUUCAACAAGUAAAGAUUGAACUUUUACAGAGAGUGGAUAACACAGAAUCAGAUCUAAUUGCCCUCAGGGAAAACGGUACAAUUAUAUUUGAAACACUUUUAAAUUUAAUUCACGGAGUUAAUAACGAUCUUUUGGAACGAUAUAGUGCAAAUAAUGGACUGAUAAGAAGUUUAACGGCUGAAGCGAGACUAAACCACACCCAACUGACGGCAACCGUUAAUAACAAUAACGAAAUGCAUACCACUAGGCUACAGGGACUGCGAACAGAUUUGAACGGAGAUAUCGAUCAAGUAAGUACACGCUUGGAAAACUUGCGAGGGAAAGCUACAAACACUCAACAGAAAGUAACGGAUUUGGAACGGGACGUUGAAAAUAUCAAAACCGAUACCAAUAAACUGAAAUCAGGACAACGGUCCGUAUCUGACAAAGUACGAAACUAUCAUAGUGAUGCAUCUAUUACACUCAGCAACACGACGCUGAUCUGCCUAACACUUAUCAUUGCUUUAAUGAACCUCCUUUAAACGGACACAAGGUACUGAACAAUUAAUGUUUCAAUAAUAUAUAAUAAUAAUUAUGAGCACAAUUCACAUACUACACCGCAAGUCACUGUACUUAUGUAUUCUUAUUGCUUUCAAACAUCAUAAUAAUUAUUUAUCAUGUAAUGGCACCUAUUUUAUCAAGUGCAUGUGCUUACUCUGUUUUUUGCAAUUAAAAGUGUUAACGAA